AAAAAACCCUAAUUAAAAUUAACGUCUCUCUACACAAAGUGCCUCUCUAUUUCACCGUCUCUAGACAAAGUGCCUCUGCUUGUAGUUUUUGAUUUUUGUGAUGAGGGUGAAGAAGCAGAAGCGGCAUCGUAGGGCAGUGAGAUUUUACACGACAUGUCAUGGCUUUAGACAGCCCUUUAAGAUUCUGUGUGAUGGUACGUUUGUUCAUCAUCUUAUCGCUAAUCAAAUUGCACCUGCUGAUACUGCUCUCGCUAAUAUACUUGGCGCUCCUGUCAAGCUUUUCACAACCAGGUGUGUUCAUGCCGAGCUCAAAAGACUCGGUAAGUCAUAUUUAGACUCUUUUCAGGCUGCUCGUCAACUCUUCACUGCAAGAUGUGAUCAUGACAAGGUAAAGAGUGCUGAAGCUUGCAUUUCACAAGUUAUUGGGGAACAGAAUCCCGAGCACUUUUUUCUCGCUACCCAGGAUUUUGGAAUGCGGAAGAAGUUCCGUGAGGUACCAGCUGUCCCUCUUAUAUAUGGUCUGCGAAAUUCCCUGCACCUUGAGCCACCAUCUUCAGUUCAACAUGAGUUUGUUAAAGCUUCUGAAGAAGAGCGCUUGCAUGCAACUGAAUUAGAAAAGAAAAUGUUAAAAAACACUAAGACCAUAUUGGCAAAUGAAGAAGCUGGACAUUCUUGUAAGGAAAAUGAAGGCUUGGGAGAUCAAAAUUUGGAAAUGCGUUCUGUUAAGAAGAAGCGCAAUGCACAGAACAUGAAUGUCAAGGAUAGGCCUCAAUUUAAAAGAAAAAGAGCUAAGGGGCCAAAUCCACUUUCAUGCAAAAAGAGAAAGGAGGAUAGAAACUCAAAGCCUUCAUCAGAGAAGGAAAGUAAUGGCGAUGACAAUUCUUUGAGAAGUAGAGCCAAGCAAAGGAAGAGAACGCGCAAAACACAGAAGCUUGCAGAUGUUGUCAACGCAUAGUUUGUGCAAAUUGGUGAACUUUUUAGCUCGACUUACAAUUAAAUUAAUUAAAUUGAUGCAAUAUCUGACUUAAAUGUUGCUGCUUUUCUGUGGGAUUGAAUGUUUACAAAUUAAAUGAGAAUGGUCCUUUGCUUAAAAAUAUAUGUUGCUAAAUUCAAGAAGUCAAUUGGAAGUAGUGUUGCUAAA